CCGGUUUCACACACUAAAAAGUGAUCGCGUGAGUUUGAGCAGAGCGAGAAGAGGACGACUAAGACUCUGGAGCACUAGUAGCUUCAUACGCCAAGAGAUUCGCAGACCGCCGACCACUUCUCUACAGGUCAAUUCUCCUACAUUUCCUGUAUCCAUCAGUGAUCUGUGUCGCGAGAUAACGACAGGAAGCCGUCGCUUCUGCCACCGUCGAAACUCCCCCCUCCCUGCGUCUUAUUCCGCGCCCCCGCCAUGGACUCCAAGGUCUGGCAGCGCGCCGCCGCGGAUUUGAACCCUCCGGGUGUGCCCAACUCUUUUCGUCAUGCCAAAAACCAGCAGAAUAUCGCUAGCUUGCUGCUUCGUCGCGAGUUCGGUGGCUCUAGACGCCAGAAGACUGUGCGAGCCAUUGGAGAGGACAAGGAAGAAAACUUCUGGGCUGAGAGUGAAAGCGCCGCCAAGCACCAGAGUCGCUACUUCGAGCUGCCACAGACGACCAAGUCAACGAUCUCUAUUGCUAUCAGUCCAGACGGGAAAACUUUUGCUUCGACCCAUGGAGAUCACACAGUCAAGAUCAUUUGCAUUGAAACCGGCAAAGUUAUCCAGACGUUGGUGGGCCACCCCCGAACUCCUUGGAGUGUCAAAUUCCACCCCACGGAUCCAAGAUAUGUAGCUUCUGGCUGUCUAGGAUUUCAAGUUCGGUUUUGGGAUAUUGAGACUGGCCGCUGCCUCUACGUGUCGACACUUCGCCACGCAAUUAUCUCAAUUUCCUUCCACCCGUCGGGUGACAUUUUGGCGAUUGCUAGUGGAACGUGUGUGUACACGUGGGAUUACCAGCACACAUGUCCGCGCAUCGCAAUGUUCAGCUACCAGACCUUACGUUCUGUCACCUUUUUGCCGGAUCCGUCCAAGAUCAUGGUCGGAGAAGCGAAUGAGCGCUAUGUGAGACCACAAGGCCAAGCUCCGCCCUCAGAUCUUACGGUCACUCUGACAAUGUGGGACUUCGAUCCGUCGUGGGCUUUGUCGCCGGAGCCACUACUGACGAAGAAGGCAAUGAACAACAGCCGCGUAAUUCUUUCACAUGCUCUCAUUUACAAUGACGGCGGCUUCGACAUUUCGCGGUGCGGACGGUACUUGGCGAUAUGUGCUGACUUUUCUCUGCGGCAAGCGGAGAAAGAAGUGGAGAUGGAGGCCGAAAAUGAAGCUGCGACGGAUUUGGAGAGCAUUUUAUCCUCCGUAUCAGCCACACAAGAGACGACUGCCGGUGGUGCUACGAGUCCUAGUGACGACGUCAAUGACGUGUCUGUAUCAAACCCGCAAGCUACAGCUUCAAACGAAAGCAGCUCUUCGUCUGGCGCUGCAGCACGUACGGCAAGAGGGAAUAACGUCAGUCCACAAGCGCUGCCUGCCACGAUGCCUUUAUCCCUCCCGAUCCACCCACCACCACCACGACUUGUACCUCUUUCUGGUAUGCACACGGGUGCUCCCAAUAUGUUAGCAGCUCUACAAUCAGCAGCCGCAGACUUGUCCCUUACGAUGGAUCAGUACAUGAAUCAGCAGAUACGACGUGUGAGACCCCGGCUGCACCCACCGCAUAGCAUCCACCGGUAUACAGCAGCAAUGGAGCCAGCACGGAGUACGGCCGCCCCCGCUGCCGUCCCCCAACAGAGAUAUUCACAAAUUCGACCAAACAUUGCGCUAAGUCGGACACGAUUCACUAGGAAUCAGCGCAACCGUCGAGGACGCUUAUCGUCCGAGAACCAGUCAACGUGGCUAGCCUUGAUAUCUCUGGAUCCUGAACAACUCGGACGCGUUGUCCAGACGUGUCACUUAGCGGAGACUGCGGCAGGUGGUGUUACUUCAGUGAAGAUUUCGCCUACAUCAGCUUAUGUAUUACUUGGCUAUGGAGUACGAGACCGCAUACAACGUGAGACGGAGUUCCCAGUUCAUCGCGUAACUCGUAUUUAUCGAUGGGAAGACAUGGCGUUGUUGUCGCAUGUGGAAAGUGCCAUGGACGAUGUUAACAUUGCGCUGUUCAGCCCGAUUUGCGGUGGGGGGUUCCUGUAUGGUACCAAGCAAGGGAAACUGCGAGUUUGUAGCACCUUCCGCGGCGAUUUCCACGACGAGGAGAACUGUAACGUCCUGGACGGCCCACGUCGUUGCCAUUACGAUCAAAAUGUUAAUGGUGACGACGAGAAUGAUCUGGGCGAGGAAGGAGAUGAAGAUGAUGAUGGAGAGGACGAUGAUGAGGAUGGCGUCGACUCUGAUGAAGAGGAUAUGGACGAUGUUGAUGGAGAAGGGAGUGACGACGCUGAUAUGGGCGAGUAGUGCCAUCGAAUGUUUGAUAAUUCUAAUUAGUUCCGCAAGUUUGAAAAUGUGAGGAAGCUUCCAUGAUGAUAUAACUGCACAAAUAUGCUCUGCUCCUCUUAAAAUCCAUGGUCUUACUGCUCGUCGUCAGCGAUCCGAGCUUUGUCCGUUCCGUGUCCAAACGUUUUGCCC